UUAUAAAAGCAACAAUGGGAGCCGUGUGGUGGCCAUAAAAUAGACCCAUAAAAAAAAAGAGGGGGGUAUAUAAUUAAAGAUCCAUUGGUUUUCCAUUAUUGUCCUUAAUUAAAUGUGGGUGGUGUAUGUGUGCGACGAAGAGGAGAGGGAGCUUGGGAAGCAGCAGGCACCGGGUUCAUGCCCUUACUGCGGCGGUAAGGUUGAAGCCACCGAUGUCGAGACUCAGUGGAAGUUCUGCUUCUUGCCCAUGUGCUUCAACAUCAAACGAAAGUACUUUUGUACCCUCUGCUCUCGCCGUCUUCAACUCUCCUACCAUCACUAGCUCACUCGAACCUGAAAGCUCUUAAAGUGAGAAAAAAAAAAGGCUAUAUUAUUUGAAUUAUAAUUUGUGUUAUUUAUUAUUUUUAUUAUUAACCCAUUCAAUGUAAAUACUACUUACUAAUCAGAUCAAAUGUUAUUUUCUUCCUUUUAUUA